UGGGACACUCAGUCGACAAAAUUCACUCGUAAGCUCAGAGUCGUUUCGAGUAAUUUUUGGGAGGGGACUAGAUGAUAUAGCCAUACUGUCGUGUAACGGUUCAAUACCAUCGCGGUUCAGAGGUUACCGAGUCGACUUACGCGAAGUCUAUUCUGUCCGCAGACUUUAUGGUAUCUCCGGUCAAGGAUCCAGGCAUCUCUCCCAGUCGACUUCCACAUGUCGACUAGCAAAAGUGGAUGUCCUCUUGAAAGACGGUCAAACACGUGAGGAUCUACUAACAAUUGAAUAUGACCCA